UUGCAAGGAACUCUGAAACUGGAGAACCCGUUGCUAUAAAGAUCCUCGAUAAGGAGAAAAUUUUAAAACACAAAUUAGUUGAGCAGAUUAAGCGGGAAAUUGCGACUAUGAAGUUAAUUAAGCAUCCAAAUGUUGUUCGCCUCCACGAGGUAGUUUUAUAAGUCUUUCAUAUGGACAUAAUUAUUUUUUUGUUACUUAUAACUCAUGAUCUUACUAUACACUUAAAUUAUGAUUGAUGGCUCAAUAUCAACAAUACAUACAAUAUGCCUAUUGGAGACAGUUGUUAAUCAUCAAGCUUUUGAGCUACUCUUAAAAGCCAAGCCCCUGAGGAUCCAAAGGGUGGUUUUCUUGGAUAUAAAAGCAUAUUAUGGGUUUUUCCUUUGGCUCACAACUCCUUAAUGCUCUAUUUACUGAUUGAUUAUUUCUGUACUAUCUAAAUUCAAUUUACUUUAACCUUCACUGGUUCAUGUAUUGUGAUGGGACUUCUCAGUGUCAUAGAUUUGUUCUUUCAAUCAGAUCAGCAUCCAGAUGAUCAAGGAUAAUCAUCUAUAUUAUGGAAGUACUCAUGUCAGCCUUGCGGCACUGUUAUUACCCUUGGGAAGAAGCAACUUUGCCAUGUAAUGGGCAGCAAAUCAAAGAUCUUUAUCGUUCUUGAAUAUGUUACUGGCGGAGAGCUUUUUGAUAAAAUUGUUAAUCAUGGAAGAAUGAGAGAAGAUGAGGCACGCCGAUAUUUCCAGCAACUAAUUAAUGCUGUUGAUUUUUGCCACAGCAGGGGUGUAUUUCACAGGGACUUAAAGCCUGAAAAUCUUCUACUUGAUGUAGCUGGAAACCUCAAAGUUUCGGAUUUUGGUUUAAGCGCACUUUCUCAACAAGUCAGGGAUGAUGGCUUGCUUCACACCACAUGUGGAACUCCAAAUUAUGUUGCUCCUGAGGUUCUUAAUGAUAGAGGCUAUGAUGGAGAUUCUGCAGAUUUGUGGUCUUGUGGGGUUAUACUGUUUGUAUUACUUGCAGGAUACUUACCUUUUGAUGAUGAUAAUAUCAUGAAUUUGUACAAAAAGAUAGGAACAGGAGACUUCACAUUCCCUUCCUGGCUUUCUUAUGGUGCCAAAAGGUUGAUUUCAAGAAUUCUUGAUCCUAACCCUAUGACGCGGAUAACUAUUCCCGGAAUAUUGAAGGAUGAAUGGUUUAGAAAAGGGUACAAACCCCCUAUUUUUGAUGAAAAGUAUGAAACAAAUUUGGAUGACAUUGAUGCUGCUUUCAAUGAUUCACAAGUAUCACAUGUGGUGAAGAAAGAAGAACAACCAGCAGCUCUGAAUGCGUUUGAACUGAUUGCUUUGUCAAAGGGUCUGAAUCUGGAAAAUUUGUUUGAUAUUGAACAGGAAUUAAAGAGAGAAACGAGAUUUACAUCCAAGUGCCCAGCGAAGGAACUCAUCAGUAAGAUCGAAGAAGCUGCGAAACCUCUUGGAUUUGAUAUUCACAAGAAUAAUUACAAGCUGAGGCUUGAAAAUAUUAAAGCAGGCAGAAAGGGAAAUCUCAAUGUUGCAACUGAGAUAUUUCAAGUAGCCCCCUCUUUGCAUAUGGUUGAGGUUCGGAAAGCUAAAGGAGAUACUCUGGAGUUCCAGAAGUUCUAUAAAAAACUGUCAACCUCACUGAAGGAUGUGCUUUGGAAUUCUGAAGAGGAUGCACAAGUUCAUACUAGCAAGUUUUCAGAUCAGAGGAUGCAGUACUAGUUUCAAUUAAGACUUCGUUUGGAACGGCUUUUUUGCAGCUUUUUAAAGCAGCUUUCUAACACAAAAACUAAAAUAUUUGUACUUUAAAGUUAUCUUCAAAAGCAGUAAGAAAGCCAUCCCAAACAAAACCUAAAUCUCUUUAAAGUGUUAGGUCUUAUAUAUUUAUAUCUUCUUUUUGAAGAGCAGGGCUUCAGUGAGCUUCGUCUGACUAACUGAGCGGCAUGUUUAUAUAUAUGCAUCCAUCAUUUGUUCAUUUAAUGAGUACUUUAUUAAUAGUUAAUGCGAGGCAAAGCUGAAGGCUGCUUUUCUUUUUCCUC